AUGUGGAAUGGGGAUGAAUCGAGGACUGUGCGGUGGAUGAAUCUGGGACACAAGCGUUCGGGUUGUGCUGUUGAUUUCGAGGACUCGAUAGGAUGCGGAAGAGAUGUUGAGGCGCGGGGUGUUGUCGAGGCAGGUGAGGCCGAAGCUAGGGUAGCCGCAGGAUUGGGGCCGGUCGCCGCCCCAGAAUGGGUACCCUAUUUCAGUUAUGUCCCCACACUCGAAUGUGCGGCGGCAUGUUUGAGGGAAGAGGAAGAUUUAUUUGUUUUAGUGACGUGUGGAAAUGAAUGGAAGGUUCUGAUUGACAGUGAGGAGAAUGGGAGUUGA